AGCGCUCAAGCUCUCUCAGGGUUGCCAGGAGCCCCAGGGCCUGCCCCCCCUUGCUGUCGCUGCUGCCUCCGCCUCCAGCCGCCACUGCCGCUGCUGCCGCUGCUGCCUCCGCUAGUUCACUGCCUGCUCGAUCGCACCACCUCUGCUCCGCCUCGCAUGAUUUCGCCGCCUCGUGUCCACCACCGCCGCCGCACGCUCCUGCUCCUCGCCACGUCGGUGGCUCUCUGUGGGCUCGCUCUCAGCGGCAGAGCGCCGCGCCGGGCACUGAUCUUUGACGCCCUCGGCGGCGCUUUGGACUCCGCCACGCGCUCGGUCAGAUUGGCGCUCCUGCACACCGAUCCACUUCCCAGCGACCCGCGCACCAUUUCGCUCCCGCUCGACGACGGCUGCCACGCGCCCGCCGGUGAGGUUCCCGCCGUGGUGAGCCCUCCCUUCGACCAGCGCGCGGCGAAGCUGCUGAUGCAGCUCAACGCGGCCAUGCUGUGCAGCGUGAGCGGCGUUCAGGCGUGGAGCUGCGGCCGCUGCGACGCCGUGGCGCCGCCUCCGGUCAACACGACUCUCCUCGCCUCGAGCUGCAACCCGGGGAUGCCGAGCUGCGAGGCGUACUGGAAGGCGGCCUCGCUCGUGGGCGAGGUUGCCCGCUUCGCCACCCAGGCGCCGCCUGUCGAGGACGGGCCGGAGCUCGCCGCGCUGCUCGUGCUGCCCCAGGAGCGGUGGGUGGUGGUCGCCUUUCGCGGGACGAGAGACCUCGACCUCGGGGCUUGGACGACCAACUUCCAGACGUGGCAGGACGACGUGGCGGGCGGGUCGUGCGGCGAGAGGGUGCACCACGGCUGGGGCGAGAGCUGGGUGCAGCUGCGGGGGCGCGUGAGGCAGGGCGUGGAGGCGCUCCUCGCCGAGCACCCGACGUACCGGCUGGUCGUCACCGGCCACUCCUGCGGCGCCUCGCUCGCGACGCUGAUGGCGGCCGAGUGGGCGGCCGACGGCUCCCUCUCCGCCCUCUCGCUGCCGCCCCUCCUCUACAGCUUCGCGGGCCCGAGGGUGGGCAACCCUGCCUUUGCGGCGAGCGCGGACGCCACCCUCGCGCGGCGCGGCCUAAAGCUGUGGCGCGUGACCAACAUGCACGACUCGAUCCCGCACAUGCCGCCCGGGCCGCAGUCGCAGUGGCAGCACGCCGGCACGCAGGUCUGGCUGACGCCCGGCUCGGGAGGCGGCGAGGCGGAGGUCUGCGCCGGCGCUGGCGCCUGCAACGACGGCGUCCCGGGCUACAAGCUCUCCGUCCUCGACCACACCACCUACCUCGGGCACGUCUCGCGCCGCGCAUCCGCUCUCGCCGCCUGCGCUGUGCCCGACCCGAGCCGGCGGUCUGGGUUGUGCGUAAUCGACAGCCACAACCUGGCGUACCGGAUGCAGUUCGCGAUGCCCGAGCUCACCUCCCGCCAGGGCGAGCCCGCCCAGGCGCUGCUCGGCUUCUGCAACAAGCUCGUCCAGCUGCGCGACGUCUUUCCCGGCUACCGCAUGCUCGCCGUCUUUGACGAGGGAGCGCCGGCGCGGCGCGUGGAGAUGCUGCCAGAGUACAAAGAGACGCGCGCGCCCAUGCCUCCGGCGCUGCGCUCCCAGAUGGGCCACAUCCGCGAGGCGGCCGAGUGCCUCGGCGUGCCGACCAUCUCCCGCUUUGGGGUCGAGGCGGACGACCUUAUCGCGUGCGCGGUCGCUCUCGCGCGCUCGGAGGGCGCGGCCGCGGUGUCGAUCGUCACUUCGGACAAGGACCUGCUCCAGCUGGUGAGCGGCGACAGCGGCGGCGACGCGGGCGCCCUGGACGCCACCAACGUGACUGUGUUUGACGACCGCAAGAAGGUGCUGCUCGAUGCCGCCGCGGUGCAAGCCAAGCACGGCGUCCGGCCGGACCAGCUGGUCGACCUGCUCGCGCUGGUUGGCGACGCGAGCGACAAUGUGCCCGGCGUGCCAGGCGCGCCCCGCCCAGCGCUCUGCAGCUCGCCGCUGCGGCUCUCUCCCUGCCCCAAGGCGGGGCGUGGAGAGCCCUGCCCCUCCUCCGCAGGAGUCGGCCAAAAGACGGCCGCAAAGCUGCUCGGCGAGCACGGCACGCUGGACGCCGUCCUCGCCGCCGCGCCGUCGAUGAAGAAGUCGAAGCGGAGAGACGCGCUCAUCGCGCACGCAGAGCAGGACACCUCGCCACCCCUCCUCUCCCCCACAGCCCGCGACGAGACGCCACCGCCGUCGCCGCCCGACGCGCUGCUUCCUCCGACCCGCCCUCACACCCGCCCUUCUACCCCCAGCCGUCGCCCAACACCACAGGCACGCCUCGCGCGCCAGCUGGUCCAGCUCGACGCCUCCGUCGGCGGGGUCGACCCCGAGGAGCUGCGCGGCGCGCUGCCGGCGCCGCCGGCGGAGCUGCCCCACUUGCGCGACUUUCUGCAGCACCACGGCUUCACGCAGCUCGAGCGGCGUCUCUUCAAGGCGCGCGAGGCGAUCGAGCGUGCACAAAGAAAGCGGGGCUCGCCACGGCCCGCCACAUGAUCAGUGGGAGCCGCGUUGGACGAAUAAAGUACUAGAUAAUGUAUACGUAGAUCGUAGUUGCUAGUUCGUAGUAUAUGUUUACACAUUAGUCAUUACAGAGGUGUUCACGAGAGUGUGUGUGCUGUGGCGGGGAACUCCAACAACCAACACAACUCUUUGUC